UUGGUAGAGAUGCUGCCAACUGCCGUUCUGCUGGUCUUGGCAGUGUCUGUGGUCGCUAGAGAUAACACCACGUGUGAUGGCCCCUGCGGGCUACGGUUCAGGCAGAACCAGCAAGGGGGCAUGCGUAUCAUCGGUGGGCAGCCCGCAGCGCUCGGGGCCUGGCCCUGGAUGGUCAGCCUCCAGGUCCUCAUGUACCACAACAAUCGGCGGUAUCACGUGUGCGGGGGCACCUUGCUGAACGCCCACUGGCUACUCACUGCUGCUCACUGCUUCCGGAGCAAAACCAAAGUUACCGACUGGAGGCUGAUUUUCGGAGCAAAGGAAGUCGUGUGGGGAAGCAAUAAGCCAGUGAAGCCUCCUCUGCAGGAGAGAUACGCUGAGAAAAUCAUCAUUCACGAGAAAUACUCCCCGGGCUCAGAGGCCAACGACAUCGCUCUCAUGAAGAUCACCCCUCCUGUUCCCUGUGGGCACUUCAUUGGACCAGGCUGCCUGCCCCAAUUUCGGGCAGGCCCACCCAGAAUCCCCCAGACAUGCUGGGUGGCUGGCUGGGGGUUCUUAAAAGACAGCGCCCCCAGGAUAUCACCUAUACUGCAGGAGGCACGCGUGGACAUCAUCGACCUCGACUUAUGUAACUCGACCAGCUGGUACAAUGGGCGCAUUCGUUCAACCAAUGUGUGCGCAGGGUAUCCUGAAGGCCAGAUUGACACCUGCCAGGGGGACAGCGGCGGGCCUCUCAUGUGCAGAGAGAGCGUGGAAAACAGCUACGUGGUCGUGGGAAUCACAAGCUGGGGGGUAGGCUGUGCCCGAGCUAAGCGCCCCGGAGUCUACACGUCUACCUGGUCCUAUCUGAACUGGAUUGCUUCCAAGAUUGGUUCUAACGCUUUGCACAUGAUUCAGUUGCCUACCCCUCCCCCUCCUCCUACUCCAGCACCCCCCGCUAAACCCGCCUCCACUCAGCCUUCUAUUCGCCCACCUUGGUACUUCCAACACCCUCCUCGACCACCUCCCUCCCAGAGCCCCGCUGCAGUGGCCCGCCCCCACCCCGCAGCUCCACUGCCCCCCCCUCCCCCACCGCCACCUUCCACUAAACCUCCCCAAGCACUUUCUUUUGCCAAGCGACUACAGCAGCUCAUAGAGGCCUUGAAGGGGAAGGCCUUUUUUGACAGAAAGUGCACUUAUGAAAUGGAGACCACAGACAUCCCAGAGCAGCCUGCCCCCUUCUGAUCUGACCCCCUUCUCAACGGACCCACUGAACCCCUCGCUCCUGAGGAAAAAAAGUCGAAAUAAAUGAUUAUAAAUACAAAUAUAAAUAUAUGUACA